AGAAGAUUCAAAGACGUUUGUUUCAUUACGUGUAAAUGGAUUGUUUCUUUGUUUUUUUUUCUGUUUACGCUAAACAGAAUGUGUUCUUUUUUUGAAUAGUUCCUAAGCUAAAAUUAAGAAUUUUCAAAUUAUAUAAUCACCGCAAUUCUCUUCAAGCUAAAACAAGUAAAUGAAUGGUGAACAGUGUAUAAUAACAACUAACCUUUCAAAUGAUAGUAAUAAUAAUAAUGAUGAUAUGAAAGGAUCUAAUCCAAUUAAUUGUAUCCUUACAAAACGAAACAAUUCAACAACUGAUAUUGAUAUACAUCCAGUAAAUUAUUCAACUUAUCAAUCAGAUCCAUUAAAUUUUCUUUAUUUAAAUGAUAAUAUAACAUGUUAUUCAAAUUUAUCAUCAAAUUAUUGUACACAUGCAUCAACAUUAACAUUAACAUCAUGUUCUUCAUUAACAAUUCCAUCUUCAUGUAUUAUUAAUACAACAGUAUCUAAUGGAAUAAUACAUUAUGAUAAACAAACAUAUCAUUCUUCUUCUACUUCUUCACCAAUUUGGUAUAAUAAUAAUAAUAAUAAUUUAACAACAAAUGAAUUAUGGUCAAAUAUUGGAGAAUAUAAUGAAUUAGUUGAUAAAAUGAAUUCACAAUCUGAUCAAUCUUCACAUCAUCAACAUCAACAUCAUCAUCAUCAGCAACAACAACAACAAGAACAACAAGAACAACAACACUUGGAUACUAAUCAAUCUCAACAUAAAUCAAUGAAUAGAAAAAUUGAUUUUAUUCAAUCUUAUGAUAAUCCUCUUAGUUUAGUUGAAACAUUAUCACCAUUAACUUUAUCUACCAUAACAUCUAAAGUAACAUUAAAUACAAAUGAGAAAAAUGAUUCAAAUCAAAUUCAUCGUUAUUUUACAGAAACUUUAAAUAAUCCAAUUAUAUCGAUAGAUGAAACAUAUCAUCAAUCUAUCAAUACUAUUACUACAAGUAGUAGUAGUAAUAGUAGUAGUGGUAGUAGUAGUAAAUUAUGUCAAGAUCAUGAGUAUUCAGUAUGUUUAUCAGAAAAUUUAACAUUUUUACCAACAUAUUCAACGAAAUUAUUUAAUAAUUCACAAUUAUGUACAGAAUAUUUCAAUUCGGAAAUUCCUCCUCCACCUCAUCCUCCACCACCACAUCAUCAUCAUCAUUUCCCUUAUAAUCAACAUCAUUAUACACAAUUUCAACAACAAUAUCGUACAUCAUCAACUACAGAUUAUAUACAAUUAACUCCUAAUGAACAAUCUCAUCAAUUACAAAAUAAUCAAAAUGAAAUGAAUUUAAAAAAACAAAUUAUAUCAUCAUCAUUAUCUAUUACAUCAUCACCAUCAACUUCAUCUUCAGCAUCAUCAUCAUCAUCAUCAUCAUCAUCGAAAGGAUCUAAUGUUCCAUUACCGGUACCAGCUAUAAUAUAUCAACAUCAACAACAAUUACAACAAUUAAAUAAUCAUUCAAAUUUUUUACAAAAUUCAUCAAAUUUAUCUAAACAAUCAUGUCACCCAAAACCACCCUAUUCAUAUAUUAGUUUAAUUACUAUGGCAAUACAAAAUUCAACAACACAUAUGUGUACAUUAUCAGAAAUUUAUCAAUUUAUUAUUGAUUUAUUUCCAUAUUAUCGACAAAAUCAACAAAGAUGGCAAAAUUCAAUAAGACAUUCAUUAUCAUUUAAUGAUUGUUUUGUUAAAGUAUCACGUAGUCCAGAUAAACCAGGUAAAGGUUCAUAUUGGACAUUACAUCCAGAUUCUGGGAAUAUGUUUGAAAAUGGUUGUUAUUUAAGAAGGCAAAAACGUUUUAAAGAUCCAAAACGUGAAAUAACUCAUCGUAAUCAACGAAGUAAUAAUAAUAAUAGUGCUAGUAAUACUAUUAAUGUUAUAACAUCUUCGACAACAUCAACUGACAAUAGAAAUACAAUAGAUGUUAAUUCUACUAGUGAAAAUACUAUUUUACAUUCAACCAAUGAUCUUUUAAUAUUACCAACUGGUAUAAAACGUACAUAUUCAAAAACAGAUUGUAAUCCAUUAUUGAAUGUUGAACUCAAUGAUCAUAUAUUGUAUAAUAGGAUGAAAUCACUUCCUAUUGGUAUUACACCAGUGUAUGAUGAAAUAAAUGACGUGGAUGAUAAUGACGAUGGUGGAGAUGAAGAUGACGAUGAUGAUGAUGAUGAUGACAGUGAUGGUGAGGAUAAUGAUGAUGUUGGUGCUGACUUAGAGGAUGAAGAAAUCAAUGAAGAAGAAUAUGAUGAUGGUGUCUAUGGUGAUAAUGAAGGAGCCCGACGACAACAACAACAGCAAAGUGAUCACAGUAGGACAACAAACAGUAAAGAUAACAAUUUUAUUGGAUCUGAUUUAAUGAAUAAUAAUAAACUAGCAGAUCAUUCAAUAAUGGAACAACAACACCAAUACUACAAUUCUCAACAACAACAACAUCAUCAUAAUCAGCAAUCGAUCUCUCCAAAAUCUAGACACCAUGUAAAACAUAAUGAAACUAAGAUUACAACUGAUAUAAUUGAAGACAUUCAUGAGAAAUCAACAAAUAAAUUAAAAUCAUCACAAUUAUUUCUUUUAAGUCCUUAUGAUAGUCGUGAUUCAACAAGAUACAUUACAGAUAUCAUUUAUCCAGAAAGUAAUUAUGAACAAAUGAAUCCUUUUGUUAAUUAUAAACUUCAUCAACCAUUUCAUAAUCAUCCUCAUCCUCAUCUUCAUUCUAUUCAACCAUUUGAUAAUAAUUCAAAUAAAACCAAUUAUAAUAAACAACAAUUAUCUACUUGCACUACGACUACUACUACUACUAUUAGUAGUAGUACUACUACUACUACUUGUACCAAUCAAAUCCGUAGUAUACAUACAAAUAUGUUAGAUUUAUAUAAUCAUGUUACUAAUUCACCAUCAGUAUAUACUAGAACUAAUUCAUUAAUAGAAUAUUCAACAAAUGAAUUACGUAAUAAUCAAUUGAAUCAACAAUUUCCAUUGAAUUCAUUUCAUUUAUCACAACCUUUGCCAACUACAUUACAUCAUAAUUCCCAAGUAAAUUUACCAACUGAAUUAUAUUAUGAUGAUAAUAUUGAUUUUAGUAUACGUCGGUAUAAUACAAUGAAUAAUCCAAUGAAAUGUACAAAUAUUACAAAUAUAUUAAAUAAUGAUUUGAUUACUACUAUCUCUAUGAAUACUACUACCACAACUACUACGACUACUACUAACAUUACUGAUAGUAGUAAUAAACCUACUAAUAAUGAUAAUUAUGAUGAUGUCAUUAUGGAGAAUUUAACUUUGAUACCAUCAGGAGAAAAGUAUUAUACUAUGAAUCAUAACUGUCAACAAGGUGAAAAACAAUUUGAAUUAGAACAUGAUUAUCGUACACAACAACAACAACAACAACAACAACAAUAUCAUUACAAUGACUAUUCGAAUAUUCAACAAUCCAUGUUACCAAAAUCAAAUGUUACAAUAAUACCAUCUAUGACAACGGUGACGACAACAACAGCAACAACAUUAACAACAUCAACAAUAAUAUCACCAUAUUUAAGUCAUAACUAUGAACAUAUAUCAUUGACGGAUGAAAGUCCAUAUAUUUCAUGUAGUGAAGUAUCGUUUACUAACUCAAUGAAUGUACAUAAUUUAUCUAAUAUAAUCAACGCUUCACAUGUACUAACGCCAACGGUUUCAUUAUCAAUGAUAACAUCUUCGUAUAUACCAUCUUCUUUAACCAGUUCUGUGUCAUCAUCAUCAUCAUCAUUGUUAAGUAUUCCAACUGGAAUUAUUUCAUCUAAUUCUUUCCCUUCCACAACAUCUUCAUCAUUAUUGUCAACAGCAAUGAUAUUCACUAAUCCUUCAUAUAUUACAACAUCUGAAUCAUUUCGAAAUUUUCCUUCAGGUAUAUUAGAAUCAAAUACAUGGAAUACAAAUUAUUUACAUUUAACAGAAUAUAAAGAUAACUUAAUAAGAUUUAGUAAAGAUAACAAAGAUAUUGAACAUCAUCAUGAUCAUUUAACUAUUCAAUGUCCCAAUAAUAGUCAUUUAACUAAUGAACACUCUAAAGAAUGUAACAAUAGAAAAAUUGACGCUGAAGAUAAUAUCAAUAACAAAAUGAUUGAUGAUAAUGGUGACGUUGAUGAUGAUGAUGAUGACGGCGAUGACAAUGAAGAUGAUGAUGACAAUGAAGACGAUGAUGAUGAUGUUGGUGAUGAUGAUAAUGUUAAUGAUGAAGAAGUAAUAAAUCGUUCUGACAAUCUAAAUAAACCAUUUUCUAUAGAUCAUUUAAUGCAUUUUCAAAAUCCUGAUUUGGAUAUAACAAAUACAACAAAUACCUUAUUACAAUAUGCUACAAAAACAGAUAUAUCUGUAUUUGAUAAAUUAAGAUCUUCAUCAAUAUCUAUCAAUGGUAGGUGAGACAUUUCAAUAUCCUUAAAGAGCGAGAGUGUGUGUGUGUAAGAGAGAGAUGAGCAAAAUAUUCAUGAAUUUCUAAGAAUAUUCCAUUCACAAACAGCAACAACAACAACAACAAUCCUCUCAAAGUCAAAAAUCUUUUAUUAUAACAUAAUACAAAAAAAACAAGAAAACUGUAAACAAAAUAUUCUCAUCUAUUGAAUCUUCAAAUUUAUUGAUUAAAAUAAAAAAGAGAAGAAAAGAAAAGAAAAAGAAAGAAAAAAGAAAACUUUCGAAAAAACAAAUCAAUAAUAACAUCAUUUUAUCCAGAUUAUUUUUUACACUUGCUCAAUAAUUCUAAUCAUAAUAACAAUAAUAAUUAAUGGUAAUAAUAUUCAUUCAUUCAUUCGCUUUUAUUCAAUCUAAUCUUCUCUUUUAUUUGUUCUUCUUUCUAAUUGUUCUACUUCUUCCUCUUCUUCCUCCUCUUCUUCUUCU